AUGUGUUCCAAAGGUGGAGAGUCCACAGCUGAAAAUUGUCAAAUUCUUCAAACUAGGGUGAAUAGGUAUAAAUCAGACAAAGAAGAUGUCGAUGCUACUCGAUUGAAAGGUUAUUCUUGCGAGGUCCAGUUUACUGAUAAGCAGCUUGACAUUAUCGAAAUGGCAGUUUAUGGGGACGUAAUCCGGCCUGGUAAUCAGUGUCGUUGCAGGACUGUUGCUGAAAUGCUCGGAAAAAUCAAGUCGAAAGAUAGCUUGGCUGCUUGCAAGUUGCCCCUCGAUAAAGAAUCUGUAUAGCAAGCAAGGGAUAUGCAUUGAUGUAGUAGUUUUGGGAAGAUCAUUUGCAAAUUGGGUUUUA